CGUAUUCUCAGAUGGAAGUGCAUGGCAUCUUCAAGUCACUAGAUGUCGCUUUUGAGACACAAAGGUCGUCUGCGUCCGAUCAAGAUUUUACGACAGUCGCAAACGACUCCACAUAGCAUCCGCCAUGUUUUGCCACAAUCGUUACGUCUGCUGCGAGAAAUUCGGCAAAUAAAGAGGAAGUUUGGAUCGCAAAUAAAUAGCUGCCAUGUUCAUCGUUACUCUUUCAUGAUACCCCAGAGAGGCGUUUCUCCCAUGGAGAACAGAGCGGCGGUGUACGACCUGGCCAGGGAGGGGAAACUGGCCGCGCUGCGGACUCUACUCGACCAGCAAAGUCCAGAGAUAAGAUCGGCACUUCUGAAUGCGACUACAGAAGGCUCGACUCCCCUCAUCGCAGCUGCGCGGUACGGCCACCUUGAUGUCGUGAACUAUCUCAUCGAGGACUGCUGCGCCGACGUGGAGCAGGGAGGGUCCGUCACGUUUGACGGGGAAACGAUAGAGGGCGCCCCGCCGCUGUGGUGCUCGUCGGCUGCCGGCCAUCUCAACAUCGUCAAGUCUCUCAUACAACAUGGCGCCUCUGUCAACAACACCACGCUCACCAACUCCACCCCGCUCCGAGCCGCAUGUUUCGACGGCCAUUUUGAAAUCGUGAAGUACCUGGUCGAGCACCACGCCGACCUUGAGAUCUCCAACCGUCACGGUCACACCUGCCUCAUGAUCGCCUGCUACAAGGGGCACAGGGACAUCGUAGAGUACCUACUGAAACUGGGCGCAGACGUGAACAGGAAGAGUAUAAAGGGCAACACGGCCCUGCAUGACUGCGCUGAGUCAGGAAGUCUGGAGAUCAUGAAAUUGUUGCUGAAAUACAAGGCCAAGAUGGCCAAGGACUCGUACGGCAUGACGCCGCUCAUGGCGGCGAGCGUCACGGGACACACCAACAUCGUUCACUACCUGAUCGCCAGGCACGAGUGUUCUCGGAAAGAGAGGAUUGACGCGCUCGAACUCUUGGGCGCAACGUUUGUGGAUAAGAAGCGGGACUUGCCGGGGGCGUUAGAGUACUGGAGGAUGUCCAUGGACGAACGCUUUGCCAACAGGUGGGACAUCGUAACCAAACCGCCUUCCAAGAUGGUGACGGCAUACGACAAUGUCGUGGAGGUUCAGACGUUCCGGGAACUGGAGGAACUGAUGGCGGACCCAGACGAGAUGAGGAUGCAGGCUCUGCUGAUACGGGAGAGGAUUCUCGGGCCCUCUCACCCCGACACGUCGUACUACAUCCGUUAUCGCGGCGCCGUGUACGCGGACGCGGGCAACUUCGACCGCUGCAUCGUCCUGUGGACGUACGCCCUGGACAUGCAGCAGUCCAACCUCGAACCGCUCAACCCCAUGACUCAGAGCAGCCUGCUGUCCUUCGCAGAACUUUUCUCCUACAUGUUGCAAGAGCCUCCACCCAACAGUUACAACACCAGGAAGCUGACCUUUCUAGACACCUUGACUGUUUUUGCCAAAGCCGUAGCGGAGGUGGAGAAAGGGAUGCUCCACUACAUGGCGACCCCCCUGCAAGAGAAGGACAUCACGCAUCUCAACAGGGCUAUCCUCAUCAUCAUGCACUUGAUAUGUCUCCUCACCAAGGUCAAGUGUACUGUGAGGGAAGACUUCCUAAAACGGCAGGCGGUGUACCGAUUCUUACACCUCAAGCCGCGGGGGGCAAAAGGCAUGACUCCACUGCAUUUCGCGGUGGAUGAGGCCACUACGACUGUGGGGAGGUACCCGGUAUGCAAGUUUCCAUCUCUAGAAGCUGUUAAGAUAUUAAUUGAGUGCGGGGCAUGCUUGAACGCGGUGGAUGUAGAAAACAACACUGCGCUGCACAUAGCAGCAAAGAACAACCAGGCGGACAUCAUGAAAGAGCUCCUCAAGGCAGGUUUACACUUCGAUGCCUGCAACCUGGAAGGCAAGACUUCCUUCGACUUGCUUCCAAAGAAGUCGUUGGAGAAUUCCAUCAAUCCCCUCAACUACACUUCCUUGCAAUGUCUGGCUGCCAGAGCAAUCAAGAGGUUCCAGAUCGAAUACAAAGGAGUCAUACCGGCAAAACUGGAGAGCUUUGUGGCAAUGCAUUAAUCAUAAUCAUGAACUUGUUGCAUAAUGUUGUGUGAAAAUCGGGCAGUGAAUUGUAGAUGUUUGAAUCUACCAUUUGGCAUACUAGCAAUCUUAUUGAUGGAUCUGUGUCAAGUUUAACUUUGCUGGCAAACUCUGAUCACAUAAUCUGUAUGUUUUUUGCAACAGGUAUUGUUUUUGCAACAGGUAUUGUUUCAGGAAGUUGAUACGAAGGGGUUAGGUGGCACUAUAUUUGUGCUACAAUUUUAUCCCUUCUGAUGUAUUUUUGACGUACUUUAUUUGUCCUUACAUUUUACAAAGCAACCAAUUUCCGACUUUGAAAUGAAGGGUGGGACUUCAUUUGAAAGUACAGUGAUUCUAGAUAGAAAUUAUAAUUGCAGAUUCAUUAUUACAUCUGCUUUUUGUGUUUGAUGUUUCACAUGAUGACUACAUGAUACAUGUAUGUGGUAUGUAUUAAACACUCGUAAACUGUGGUGAGAAGCUGAUAUAUGUCAAGUAACAAGAAUGGACUUCAACAUUCUUAAAAUGGGAUCCAUCUUGCUUUGCAUAGAACACCUUUGAUCCAACCUCAGGUUGUGCAAAAUGCUUUCAGACUGAAAUGUAAUUGGGGAAGGGGCCUUCAAUUUUUGCCAUUUGCCAAAAUAUGAUAUCUCGGACAAAUAGUGAAAUUUUUGUGCUUGAAAAAACAAAUGGUAAUUGGUAAAAAAGGAGUGUUAUAAUAUUUUAAAUGGACAAUCCCAUGUAUGGAACCCUCAAUCCAUUGCUGCAAUAUAGUCAAAUCUAUCUGAUAUGGAAUGGAAGUUGUGUGUUGUCAAAGUAGUUAAAUACUUGUUGAAUUUGAAAGCAGUUGACCAUACUUAUGACCUGUUCAUACAGAAGCUAGCAUGUGAAUAAUAGUAAUUAUAAGUAUGAAAACUAUAUCCAUAAUCUAUUUCAUAAAGCUGGUUCAGUUGUACAUUGGUUUUUUGAAACUACAAGACAGUAUACAUAUGUAUUAUGAUAGUAAAUUCUUUUUCGUAACACCAACUAUUGGAACAUUUUGAGGCUUGUGACCAUUAUAUGGUGACUUUGCUGUGUCAGAAUUUACUGCAAAAGGUGAUGAUAAACAGAUUUGUGGAU